AUGUCCCAAAUAACUUUCUCAGCUCCCGAAUUGCGAUUCGACCACGGUGCUAGAGACUCGCUAGAACUUGCUUCUCUAGCCUCUUCUUCUCCUGAAUCAGGCCUGGAACUCUCCCGCUCCUCAUCCCCCUCGGGCAUUUCGUCCUCGCGCAAGCUAUCGCUAGAAGACGAGGAUCCCCUUUCGAGCUCGAGUCUACAUACAAACAAUCUAUCCUCGCGACCGCGACCUGCGCGGUCGUACUCUGUCUCUUCCGCUUUCGAUUUUGGGAGGAAUCUAUUUCCCCUGUCGCAGACUGCCGAUGGUUACGCUCCCUUGGGGGCGCCGACUCAAUUCAACGGAGAAAACGGCGGUAGCGAUGGAUCGUUGGAACGGAAUAAGACGUUAACCUACAUAAAUGGAUUGUCCUUGGUGGUGGGGCUGGUGAUUGGGUCGGGAAUCUUCUCAUCACCCAGCCAAGUGAACGCCAAUGCAGGCUCACCUGGUGGUGCACUGGUUGCAUGGCUCGUUGCUGGCUUGCUGGCCUGGACGGGCGCGGCAAGUUACGCCGAGUUAGGAGGCGCUAUUCCCUUGAACGGUGGUGCACAAGCUUAUUUGUCCAAGAUCUUCGGGGAGUUGGCGGGGUUUCUCUUUACGUGGUGUGCUGUCUUAGUACUUAAGCCUGGAAGUGCAGCCAUCAUCUCGAUUAUUUUCGGUGAGUAUGUGGUUCGAGCAAUACUAGGGGCUGAGGUGGAACAAAUCAAUCCUUGGAUCAACAAGGGAGUCGCUUUCGGUGGACUUUUUGUAGUGACUUGUCUCAACUGUCUAUCCACUCGACUUGCUGCCCGCAUUGGUGACCUUUUCAUGCUCUUCAAAUUUGUUGCGUUGAUUGGAGUCGCCAUUAUUGGGGUUAUUGUUGCUGUCACCGGCCUCUCGGCAAAGGGAGAGGCCAACCAUGAGUGGAAAACUAGCUGGUUUGAGGGUACGAACAUGGAUAUAACUGGCUGGGCUAUGGCGUUGUAUGCGGGUCUUUGGGCCUUUGAUGGUUGGGACAACACAAACUAUGUGACGGGUGAAUUUAAAAACCCUAAUCGCGAUCUUCCACGUGUGAUUCAUACAGCAAUGCCUCUGGUCAUUGUUUCUUAUCUUCUGGCCAACAUCUCCUACUUUUUCGUCCUCCCUCAUUCUACCAUUGAGGCUACCAACACCAUUGCCGUUCAGUUCGGUGACAAAGUCUUUGGGGCUGUCGGAGCCUUGAUCUUUGCGCUGAUUGUCUCUGCAAGCUGCUUUGGCGCACUCAAUGCGACUAUCUUUACCAGCGGACGCCUAGUCUACGCAGCCGGUAAGGAAGGCUACCUUCCUUCACUGUUCGGCAAACUCUGGACUCAAGGCUCUACCAAUGGCUCGAACCGGCUCCAGCGUCGGUCUUGGCCCAGCAAGCUCGUAUCUCGUGUCUUUGGCAAUGGGACAUGGAUCGGCUACACGCCCAUAAAUGCGAUGGCGUUGAAUAGCAUACUCACUCUGCUAUUCAUCAUCGUUGGCGAGUUCAGUACUCUCGUCACCUUCUACGGCGUUGCAGGAUACACAUUCUACUUUCUCACCGUACUUGGUCUCAUCGUGCUUCGCGUUCGCGAGCCGCAUUUAGAACGGCCUUAUAAGACUUGGAUUUCGACACCCAUUAUAUUCUGCUGUGUCAGCCUUUUCCUACUCAGCCGCGCCGUGAUCUCCGAGCCCCUGCAAACGCUGAUCGUAGUAGCGUUCAUCGUGGCUGGCAUCCCUGUUUUUAUGUACCGCAUCUACAAGCGGGACGGUCAAAAGGCCUUUCGGGCAUUAAGAUUCUGGGAGUCACGAUGA